UCUCUCUCUCUCUCUCUCCUUUUUCAUGGACAUGCACCGAAGCGACAAAUCUUUCUAACAGUUAGGGCUUUCUUCUCCACUUCAUCCAAUGGUGGAUUUCUUCUAGUUCAUAAUUUUCCAUCUUCAUUUCUCAGUUUAUUGGAAAUCUCAUGAGUUUGAACGGUUUUCUCGGCGACGGUUCUUCCGGAGAUAGAGCCGCCGCGAAGCUAAUCUCCGAUGUUCCGUACAGUGACCACUUCCCUUUCUCCGCCGCAGCCACCAUGUUCGGAACUUCCAUUGCUCCGUCUCACCACAGCCUUAUACCUCAUUCUCGCCCCUUCUCCUCUCACGGUCUCUCCCUUGGUCUCCAAACAAAUGGAGAAAACAACGGAGAAAUCAGUAGAAACGGAGAGAUUUUCGAGUCAAAUGUAACUCGCAAGUGUAGAGGAGAUGACGCAGAAAGCAGAUCUGAGAGCGAUAACGCUGAAGCUGUCUCCGGUGACGAUUUAGAAACCGACGAUAAACCUCCGAGGAAGAAGAAGAAACGUUACCAUCGUCACACUCCUAAACAAAUACAAGACCUCGAAUCGGUAUUCAAAGAGUGUGCACAUCCCGAUGAGAAGCAGCGUCUCGAUCUCAGCCGUCGUCUUAACUUAGAUCCUCGUCAAGUCAAAUUUUGGUUCCAGAAUCGCCGUACUCAGAUGAAGACUCAAAUCGAACGCCAUGAGAAUGCUUUGUUGAGGCAAGAGAACGAUAAGCUCAGAGCUGAGAAUAUGUCAGUACGUGAAGCUAUGAGAAACCCUAUGUGCGGCAAUUGCGGCGGACCCGCCGUGCUCGGCGAGAUCUCCAUGGAAGAGCAACACCUUAGAAUCGAAAACUCACGCCUCAAAGACGAAUUAGACCGAGUCUGCGCCUUAACCGGUAAAUUCCUUGGCCGGUCUAUUCCAUCAACCGCCGGCUCACAUCAUAUACCGGACUCAGCACUCGUCCUCGGCGUUGGCGUCGGCUCCGGUGGCUGUAAUGGUGGUGGUUUCACUCUCUCCCCUCCGUCGCUGCCUCAGGCUUCUCCCAGAUUUGAGAUUUCUAAUGGUACCGGUUCUUGCUUGGCAACGGUUAACCGUCAACCACCGGUUAGCGUUAGUGACUUGGAUCAGAGAUCAAGGUAUCUGGAGUUAGCUCUUGCGGCAAUGGACGAGCUUGUGAAGAUGUCUCAGAGACGCGAGCCGCUCUGGGUUCGAAGCUUGGAGACUGGGUUUGAAACACUUAACAAGGAAGAGUACGACACAAGUUUCAGUCGAUGUGUUGGACCAAAACAAGAUGGGUUUGUCUCAGAAGCUUCUAAAGAAACUGGAACGGUUAUCAUCAAUAGCUUAGCCCUCGUUGAAACCUUGAUGGACUCGGAACGAUGGGCGGAAAUGUUUCCGUGUAUGAUCUCAAGAACUUCAACCACUGAAAUCAUCUCUAGUGGCAUGGGAGGGACACGAAAUGGUGCACUUCACCUGAUGCACGCAGAGCUUCAAUUGUUGUCUCCACUCGUCCCUGUUCGACAAGUUUCGUUCUUGCGGUUCUGUAAACAGCACGCAGAAGGUGUUUGGGCAGUCGUGGAUGUCUCUAUUGAUUCCAUCGUAAAAGGAUCUUCUUCAAGCUGUAGAAGGUUACCAUCUGGUUGCCUCGUACAAGACAUGGCCAAUGGCUACUCGAAGGUAACGUGGAUCGAGCACACAGAGUACGAUGAAAACCGCAUCCACCGUUUAUACCGCCCGUUACUUAGCUGCGGCCUAGCGUUUGGCGCACAGCGAUGGAUGGCUGCGUUACAACGUCAAUGUGAAUGCCUCACCAUUCUCAUGUCCUCCACUGUUUCCCCUUCACGUAGCCCCACCCCGAUAAGCUGCAAUGGUAGGAAGAGCAUGCUAAAGCUAGCGAAGAGAAUGACAGAUAAUUUCUGCGGAGGCGUUUGUGCAUCGUCGUUACAGAAAUGGAGCAAACUUAACGUCGGUAACGUCGACGAGGACGUAAGGAUUAUGACCAGGAAGAGCGUAAACGAUCCCGGUGAACCGCCAGGAAUCAUUCUAAACGCUGCGACGUCGGUGUGGAUGCCGGUUUCUCCACGGCGGCUGUUUGAUUUCCUUGGGAAUGAACGGCUUAGAUCUGAAUGGGAUAUCUUAUCCAACGGUGGGCCCAUGCAAGAGAUGGCCCAUAUCGCUAAAGGCCAUGACCAUUCUAACUCCGUCUCCCUCCUCCGUGCCACCGCCAUAAAUGCGAAUCAGAGCAGUAUGCUGAUAUUACAGGAGACAAGCAUAGACGCUGCAGGAGCAAUUGUGGUGUACGCGCCCGUUGAUAUUCCCGCAAUGCAAGCUGUGAUGAACGGUGGUGAUUCAGCUUACGUGGCAUUGCUUCCCUCAGGAUUCGCCAUUCUCCCGAAUGCUCCGCGGCGCUGCGCCGCAGAGGAACGUAACGGUGGGUGCAUGGAGGAAGGAGGGUCGUUACUAACGGUGGCGUUUCAGAUACUGGUGAAUAGUUUGCCUACGGCUAAGCUCACGGUGGAAUCUAUAGAGACGGUUAAUAAUCUGAUAUCGUGCACCGUACAGAAGAUCAAAACUGCUCUUCAUUGUGACAGCACCUGAUUGAGAUCGGACGGUGUGGAUUGAGUCAAGAACGAACCUCAUUUGUCAAGAAUCCUUGGUGUGAUGGUUCGGGUAUUGACUUGAUAGAAUUUGAAUACCAAACAAUGAACAAACAAAAAUAGUUGUUAUUUGGAUGGUUUUAUUUUGGAUCAUGUUGAUGAAAAUGUAAUUUCUUUUGCUUUUCUCUUCUUGUAUUGACUCGAUUAAAAUCUGAAAAUCAUACAAUGCGAAACAUCGAGUUUUUAAGGAA